UGAGAGAGACAGAGACAGGGGCAGAUCUGAGAGAGACAGAGACAGACGCUCAAGCACCAGAGACCAGGACAGAGAGAGAGACUGGGGCAGAUCUGAGAGAGACAAGGACAGAGAGAGAUGGUGGGAACGAGACAAAGAGUGGGAUGGGGACAAGGAAAGCUUCCGGGGGCUUUACCCAUACUCCAACAAUCCUACACACCCUCCUGCAUCUUUGAUGGCAACCGACCCAGUGCAGUACUCUCAGUACAUGGCAUACCACGGCAGCCCCUACGCCAGCGCCUUCCCUCCAGGGUGUAGCUUUCCCCCUGGUACCGUGUUCCCUAGUACCAUGCCCCCAAGUACCGUGCUCCCUGGUACAGUGCCCCUCCCUAACCCCCUUGGGUAUCCACUGUACCCCAACUGCCCACCUUCUUACUAUAGUGGCCCUUCAGAAAGAUUUUUCCAGCCAUACACACAGGCCACUGGAAACCCUCAGUUCACAAACAUGGAUGUACAAGUGCUGGACCCAUAUGCAUCCCUGAGCAUCCCUGAACGGGAAAUAGAGACUGUGUGGCCCAGACUUGUCCAUCCCAGCAUAAACCAAGACUCAAAGCCUGCCGGACUAAACCGUUUGAGUAUAAAAAUGCAACUGAAGAGGGAACUCUUUCGGAUUAACUUGAUGAAUUGCAAAAACAUACAAGAAUUGAGGCAGCUUAAGCUUAAAGAAACUCCUCUGGUGGCUGCCAAGGAGCCCGGUACAAAGAAAGUGCCAGAAGGAGAUGCAGUCAUAGAAGGGGAGAAACUGCAUUUUGUGGUCCCUCCGGUGGCUACAACGUAUUCUGGGGGACCCUGUAGAACAGGAUUCCCAAAUAGAAAAGGGAGAAAGGGGAAAACACUGGAAGAAAAAGAAGGUUUAUUCAACCAAGGUUUAUCCAUGAGAAACAGAGCCUAUUUGACAAGGUGGAAACUGCGUUUGGCGGAAGCGGUUGCAAAAGGCCUUGAGGUCCCCUCUGAACCAGAGCCCAAGACGGCGCCAGAAGCGAAGGACAAAUCAUUGACAGAAUGGCAGAGGCUGUUUGCAGACUCUGUGGUGAAUGUGGCUGCAACGGACCUAUCUGCCCUUUCUGAACCCGAGGCUGAGAAAAAGCCAGACUGGGAGACUGAGCAGAAAAGGACAGACGAAGAGAUGAAGGUGAAAUUAAAGAAAAAGCUUGUCGAGUUCAACCUGAAGAUGAAGCAGAAAUCGAUGCAUUUAAAAGAAGUCCCAUCAGAAGCCCCAACAUAACCUGAAAGGGCGGCUGUUGUAGUGCGUCAUGAGCUCACCUCCCCUUCGAACCUGCUGCUGACCCAUCCAGACCCCGUGGACAUCCGUUGGCUAACAUUCUCUUUAUCUAAUAUACACUCACUGGCCAGUUUAUUAGGUACAUAACGGGUCGGAUCCUCCUUUUCCUCCAGAACGGCCUGAAUUGUUCGGGGCACUCUACAAGUUGUCUGAAACGUUCCACAUGGAUGCUGGUGCGAUGGCAUCACGCAGUUGCUGCAGAUUGGACGGCAAUACAUUCAUGCUGCAAACAGCCCAUUCCAUCUCAUCCCAAAGAUGCUGUACUGGGUUGAGGUCUGAGGACUGCACAGGCCACUCAAGUAAACUGAACUUGCUGUCAUGCUCCUCGAUUGUCCAGUGUUGAUGAUCACAUGCCCACUGGAGCUGCUGCUUCUUGUUUUUAGCUGUGGAACCCGGUGUGGUCGUCUGCUGCAAUAGCCCAUCCGUGACAAGGAUCGACAAGUUGUGCAUUCUGAGAUGCUGUUCGGCACACCGCCAUUUUUUCUCUGUUUGUGGCCCGUCUGUUAGCUUACACGAUUCUUGCCAUUCUCUUUUGACCUCUCAUCAACAAGUUGUUUUCGCCAACAGGACUGCUGCAGAAUGGAGUUUUUUGUUUGUUUGUUG